CACCUGUUACGUCAGAGCGGGGAUAUAAAGCAUGGGCGUGUGUGCAGAGCUUUCUGCGUGUCCACUGCCUGUUAGAGCAAACUUCUCGAUCCAUCCAACAUGGCUUUCAUCAGCGAGUUUCUUAAGCAGACUGUGUAUCUGGGCGUGCCUGAUGAUAUUGGUUGUCAGGGGACUGUGACAUCGUUCCUUCAGUUUAACCCAGCGGGAGAUGCAGCCAUUCUGGACAAAGCCAUUAAGACAAAGGGCGUAGAUGAGGACACCAUCAUCGAAGUUCUCGUGAAGAGGACCAACGAUCAGAGGCAGCAGAUCAAAGCCGCGUAUCAGAAGGCCACUGGCAAGGCCCUCGAUGUAGCUCUGAAGGGAGCACUGAAAGGUGAGCUGGAGGACGUGGUUCUGGCUUUGCUCAGGACUCCUGCUCAAUAUGAUGCCCAGCAGCUCAAACUGGCCAUGAAGGGCUUGGGCACAGAUGAGGACACCCUGAUUGAGAUUUUGGCUUCCAGAACCAAUAAGGAGAUCAGAGACCUCAAAAUUGCCUACAAGGAGGAAUUCAAGAAGGAGCUGGAGGCCGACAUUAAGUCUGACACGAGCGGACAUUUCAGUGAAGGCCUUCUGGCUCUCUGCAAGGCUACCAGAAGUGAGGACAGGAGUGGGCAAGCAGAUCUGGCAGACAAAGACGCCAGGGACCUCUAUGAGGCUGGGGAGAAGAAGAAGGGCACUGACUGCUCUGUGUUCAUCAACAUCCUGACCAGCAGGAGCGCUCCUCAUCUGAGAAAAGUGUUUGAGUGCUACUCCAAAUACAGCAAAGUAGAUGUUGCCAAAGCAAUUGACCUGGAGCUGAAGGGAGACAUCGAGAACCUUUUGGUUGCUGUUGUGAAAUGUGCUGGAAGUAAACCUGCUUACUUUGCUGAAAAACUCAACCUGGCAAUGAAGGGCUCUGGCUACAAAGGGAAGAUCCUGACCCGCAUCAUGGUGAGCCGCUCGGAGAUUGACAUGGUGCAGAUCAAGAAUGAAUACAAGAAGAAAUACGGCAAGACUCUCUACAGGGACAUUCUGGACGACACCAAGGGCGACUACGAGAAGAUCCUGCUGGCGUUGUGUGGAAGUGAUCAGUAAACUGCGACGCCCGUUUCGGUUCAUCAUGAAGAUAUCAUUUUUUUUUUUUUUCUCUUCUUUUUUUUUUUUUUUUUUAGGAAGUGUUAUGCUGCCAAAUAAAAUGGGAUAAUUAAGUGAUGUCAUCAAGUGCAUUUGUGAUUAAAGAAUGAGAUUUCUUUGAGUGCCA